UUACCAUAACAAUAAUAAUAUAUAAUAACAAUUUAGAACUUUUUUCAAUUAAAACUUUCUAUAUAGUAAAGUAAUUAGUUUGAAGUACAGGGUUUAGAGGCGCUACUUGCGACCUUGGUUCGAAUCCCACUUCCCGGUGUAGGGAUCAAGAUACUUACGCCGAACUGAUGGAGUAAAUAUUACCCCUGCUGUAUAGUAAAUGCGUUUGUGUAGCUUAAUGUUAUAAAUCGUUCUAGAGAAAAGUCAUAAGGGAAAUGAACGGCAUAUCCUGAGAUUUAUGUGUCGAUACCGUACGCGCUCCAUCGGGAUUCAGCGCAAAACGCGCACCGUCAGUUCAAGACGCGCCGGGCUGCGCCUUUAAAAUCGCGCGCUAAGAACCGCCCCUCUGCUCUCCUCGGCCCCUCCCCCGGCCGUCACGCGGCAGCCUGCGAAAAACAGGCUCUUUAACUGGAGCUCCACAGUGUGGCUGCAGGAAGCGACAGACAGGAGGAGCUGCAGUAGCAGCAGCCGCCCCGUGCGCGCGCGCAAACAGACACAUACACACACACACGCGCGCGCGCGCGCGCACAGAGAACAUCAAACUGUGUGGCGCACAGGUCUCCUCGCCGCUUCAGACUUCCAGGGGAUGAAACGAGACGUCCUUCAUGGUUGUUUUUUUUUCUUUUUUUAAACCUUGUUCUCAGCACGAGCCCGGUCUUCCUCUUCCUCCUCCUCCUCCUCCGGCAGCAAGGCGACCCGCUCGAUCGCAGCAGAGGGGCGCGCGCGCGCGCGGCUCAUGCGCUGCUCUAGGUGAGACCGCGGGGGCUCCUCCGGACUGGCGAGUGCGCGCACUGCCUCUGCGCGUUCUUUCCUCAUGAAAAACAACCUCUGGAGCGCCUCUCGGGACGCGAGCACGAUGAUGCCGAGCAAGACCGCCGAGUGGCUGCAGGAGGAGCUCGCGUCCGGCGCGCGCGCGCUCCUGCUGCUCGACUGCCGCGCGCACGAGCUCUACGAGUCGUCGCACAUCGAGACGGCCAUGAACGUGGCCAUCCCCGGACUCAUGCUGCGGCGCCUGAAGAAGGGCAACCUGCCCAUCCGCUCCGUGAUCGCGAACCACGAGGACAAGGAGAGGUUCGCGCGCCGCUGCCGCACGGACACCGUGCUGCUGUACGACGAGGCCACGGCCGAGUGGCCCGAGGGCGGCGCGUGCGGCUCCGUGCUCGCGCUGCUGCUGCUCAAGCUGCGCGACGACGGCUGCAAGGCGUUUUACCUGCAAGGUGGGUUCAACAAAUUCCAGACGGACUAUCCGGAGCACUGCGAGACCAACCUGGACACCUCGUGCCCCAGCAGCUCUCCUCCGGCCUCCGUGCUCGGGCUGGGUGGUCUGCGCAUCAACUCGGACUGCUCCGACGGCGAGUCGGACCGGGAGCCCGGCAGCGCCACGGAGUCCGAGGGCAGUCCGCUUCCCAGCAACCAGCCUGCCUUCCCCGUCCAGAUCCUGCCCUACCUGUACCUGGGCUGCGCCAAGGACUCGGCCAACCUCGACGUGCUGGGCAAGUACAACAUCAAAUACAUCCUGAAUGUGACGCCCAACCUGCCCAACAUGUUUGAGCACGAAGGCGACUUCAAGUACAAGCAGAUCCCCAUUUCGGACCACUGGAGCCAGAACCUGUCACAGUUCUUCCCGGAGGCCAUUUCUUUCAUUGACGAGGCUCGCUCCCAGAAGUGCGGCAUCCUCGUUCACUGCCUGGCCGGCAUCAGCCGCUCGGUCACCGUCACGGUCGCCUACCUGAUGCAGAAGCUGAACCUGUCGCUCAACGACGCCUACGACUUCGUCAAGCGCAAGAAGUCCAACAUCUCGCCCAACUUCAACUUCAUGGGGCAGCUACUGGACUUUGAGAGGACGCUGGGGCUGAACAGCCCGUGCGACAACCGGUCGCCCGGCGAGCAGCUCUUUUUCACCACGCCCACCAACCACAACGUGUUCCAGCUGGACACGCUCGAGUCGACGUGAGGGCGCCGAGGGCCGUUCUGCUGUUCAUUCCUGACACGCGUUGUCCUGGCCGGGAGACCAGCGGGGUGCCCGGAGCGCACGGCACCUGGGAGCGUAGCGUCGAGAAGCUUGAGCUGCAGGAGUCGACCCAGAAUGCCUUGCCGCGACGCAGUGAUUGAGCCUUUGGACUGUUUUUUUUUUUUUUUUUUCUUUGGAGAAAGGAACCAAUGGACAGGAAUGUUUCCACCGAAGAGCUUCGUACAAAGAGCGGAAGAAGAAACAGGAGCACCCCGUGCAUGUUGCGACCGCACCCGCUCUACCGCAUCAGACGGACAGAGACAGGACACCGUUGAGGGCGUAUGCAUGUUGCAUAUGUUACGGAUGUAUAUAUUGUGUGUGCUGUGUGAAUACAUAUAAACGUAUAUAAUAUGAUUUAUAUUAUAUAUAGUGUUACACACACAAAGAAAUUGCCCGAAAAAGCGCCGGAACAGAAUCCCAGAUUUUAAGGGAAGAAAGCGCCAACAGAAAGGAACUGUUGCCAUUGUGCGUUUCUGUACUCUGUUUCACCGCGUUUCCGAUGACCUCACGCCGUUGGCUCCGUGGCGACGCCUCUCACACGUUGGCACUUGAAGCUGCCACUCGACGCCCAUGAAGGGCCCCUCUGAGGCUCGGCGGGACGCCCAGUUCUAGGCCGUGCCGAGUCCCCGCAGCUGGAGUGUCGAGUUCCGGACGGGUCGGUCGGCGGGGGGGGAUCGGGGGGGCGGAGUCUCCGCUGGAUGCUCUCGCUUAAACGAGCUCAUUGUUCCAUAACGGUGUACGAAAAAGGACCUUUUCUGUUCGUCGGAGCCAAGCUUCCUCCGAGAAAGUGUUUUAUUGUGGGCAGCAUGAAUAUUACUGCUAUUAUUACUGUUAUUAUUACUGCUGUUGUUACUGUUAUUACUGUUUGUACUGCUCAUUACGCCUCCUGCAAUGCUCUCCCAGCAGCUGGAGGUACAACGUGGGGCCCGACGGCUUGCGAAUUUACGGGUCAGUUGCGAACGAAACGGCGAGACGUGGUUUUCUUUACGUGCGGUCGCGGCUCCUCGUCCGGUGGGUGGGAGGGUCGAGGGUUCGAGUGGCGCGGGGGGGGGGUGGGGGCCACCGGAAGAGUCGGGAAGGUUGCUUUCAGCCGGCCUUACGAACUUUUUAAAGCAUCUCUAAUGCUGACUGUUCUAUACCACGUUUGUAAAUGACUUAAUCAUGUUUUGAAGUGUAUGUUUUGUUCUUUUUCGUAGAAAGGAAAAGCCUAGUAAUAACCAACAGCCACAGACGUCUUUGCGACGGUUCUCAUUCUCUGCAAUAUGAAGACUUUGUAGUUUUUUUUUUUCUUUAUUUGCAAAUGCAGGUCUUUUUUUAUUUUCCAUCUGUUUUUGUACGAGAAUUCCUGAAAAUCCAGCAGAGCUACUCAAGCAAAUGAGGUUUUUUUUUGAGUUUUCUUAAUUUUUUGAAAUUUUUAAAAAAAAAAAAUAAAAAAAAAAUCCUGAUUUGAAAAAUGACUCGACUUUCACCUUCCGAGGUAUCGGGAGGAUAUUUUAAGACUCGUAGUAGGAACAGCACUUUAACCACUCGGCUGUCUCUGUUCCGUUUGGUCGUUUUUGAUUCCAAUGAAUAUUUCCUGUGGGACUUUAUACGUUUUUUUGAACUAAUGUCCCUCCUGUAAUGUUAUUCUUGUGGCCUUUCAGUCAUUUUUGGCUAAUAUGCAACCUUAACCUCUUGUUCUUACUGGAUAUUGUACUUUGUACCUUGUUUUCCACACUUACCCUAACUGGCCUUGUCUCAUACAGUGAUUAUAUAUAAAUAUGUAUGAAAUACAUUGACAUAAGUCACUUUUCUUGCAUCCCAGGAUGAAAAUCUUAUUCGGAAUGGAGCUUUUACAGUUAUUUAUGAGAGAAGAGAUGUUUUUACUCUCAAGCUGCUCCUCAGGAGGAAAGUUUGUCGUUUCAGCGCUACGGAGAAAAACUCCGCGUAUUUCCAGGACGCGGGAACCUGUAUCCGCGUCUGAAGCCGAGAGGGACGGACGGACGGACACACACACACACACACACACACACACACACACACACACACAAACAGAGAACGGGACAUUACAUAUAUUUCUUACCUCACAGAAGAUUUGUUCAGGGAUUUUUCUGACAAUGCAUCUGCGUCCUGCUACAGCUUCUCACACACACACACACACACACACACACACACACGUACGUCAGACGGCUGUUUUGUAUGUGAUGUAUACAUUUUCUAAAGAUGCAAUCUAUAUAUGUGUAUAAGACUCGGCUUGUUUCCAGGGCGGUGGUUCUUUGUGAUUUAUGAAGGAUAUAAAAAUUGACCCAAUGUAUUGUAUAGUGUAU